GAUUCUGAAAUGGCGGAUAACGCGAAAUUGUCAAAGUCUUGCGAACUGAAUUAUCAUUGACACAAUAUGUCGAUAACCACUCUUCCGACGCUGAAAGUCGGUGGCGUAGUAACUCAAGAAGUUAUUAAACAUAUCCCUCAGCCACCUUCAAAGUCGACUUUAAAGAAACAAACAAGAAAUCAUUCAGGCCAAGGAGUAUCGCCUAACGGCCCUCAAGGAAGGCAAACCCUUUCUGGAUAUAGUAAAGAUUUUUCGUCAACGCCUGAGACAGCUAAAGAAAAACCAGAUGCUUUUAUCGAUACUGCGAGAUACCGAAAUUCAUAUAAACACAACCUUUGUCUUGAUAUGCUUCAAGAUGGCUUCCACAAGGCAUUCUGUGAGUUAUUUGAGCUGCUGAAUAGGCAAAAAGAGAUCUUAAGCCAAGAGCAAUUUGAUGCCAGUGAAGUUAAUGUUGUAUUACUAGAAGAUGAACCAGAAAAAUUAGACACAUUGAAAGAAAACCUCAUUGCUGCAGAGUCAGCAAGAAGAAGAGGAAGAUCAGAUCAUAAUAUGUCGAUAACCACUCUUCCGACGCUGAAAGUCGGUGGCGUAGUAACUCAAGAAGUUAUUAAACAUAUCCCUCAGCCACCUUCAAAGUCGACUUUAAAGAAACAAACAAGAAAUCAUUCAGGCCAAGGAGUAUCGCCUAACGGCCCUCAAGGAAGGCAAACCCUUUCUGGAUAUAGUAAAGAUUUUUCGUCAACGCCUGAGACAGCUAAAGAAAAACCAGAUGCUUUUAUCGAUACUGCGAGAUACCGAAAUUCAUAUAAACACAACCUUUGUCUUGAUAUGCUUCAAGAUGGCUUCCACAAGGCAUUCUGUGAGUUAUUUGAGCUGCUGAAUAGGCAAAAAGAGAUCUUAAGCCAAGAGCAAUUUGAUGCCAGUGAAGUUAAUGUUGUAUUACUAGAAGAUGAACCAGAAAAAUUAGACACAUUGAAAGAAAACCUCAUUGCUGCAGAGUCAGCAAGAAGAAGAGGAAGAUCAGAUCAUGUUUACCAGUCGCAAUUAACAUUGGCAGAAUAUUUCAGUGCAAAAGCAGAUGGUUGGCUCUCAGAUUACUUUUAUUAUCAGUGUCUUGAAACCAGUCUACAAAUAAGAGGAGAUGGAAGGCGAAAAGAAGCUGAAGCAAACUACAAUUUGGGAGUAACUGCAGAAAAAAGAACAGACUUCAUGCAGGCAGUUCAUUUUACAGAGACGUCCUAUAAUAUCAGUAAAGGGAAGGAUUGGGAAGAUGAAACUGGUAUGAAACUUCACCAGAAAGGAUGCGAAGCCCUUCAGAGAAUGUAUACUUCAAUUGCUGAACAGAUUGAGGAAGAAGAUGUUGACCAAGCUAUUGACUAUCUCCAGAAAGCUCUUGAAAUGGCUCAAGAAGCUGGCAAUCAAAAGAAAAUUGGAGAGGCAGAAUUUCGUCUUGGCAGAGCUUGUGAAGAUUAUGGAGAUUCUGACUCGGCCAUAAAGUAUUUCGCUGACUACUUGGAAAUAUGCAAUGUCCUUCGUGACGACAUUGGCAAAGCAAAGGCCUGUCAAGCAUUAGCGAAUGCCCAUCACUCUCAAGGUGACGUAAACAAUGCAAUUGAAUAUCUGACUAUGUACUUGGACAUAGCAAAAAGAUCAGGCCAGAAAGAGGCAGAAGGUGCUGCGUGUAGUCAGCUGGCAGCUCUUCAUAACUCCUUGGGCCAAUACACGUCUGCCACGGACUACUGCAGCCAGGCAUUCAAGACAUCAAAGGAAACCAACACAUUGGAUGUUAUCGAAGAAUUUCGCACGGCAUCCGGUGUCGUUUCUGCGAAUGCGGUUUUUGAAAAUCUUGCCCGGUUCAUCGUGUCAAACGAGCGACCUGCAGUCAAACAAAUUAUGUCUUGGAGAGAUUCAAGAGCGGAUAUCAAGGUGGAACAAGAAACAGAAAAUUUGACUUCGCGUCCUGAAGGGAAUGAUGCUUAGUUUUUAAGAUGUAAAUAGUGUAAUUAAAUCAGUACUGACUAACUUUUUGUUUCUCUUUUUUGAGAAUGCAUUUUUGUGGGCUCGUGCUUAUCAUGAAACCGAUCAAACCAGUAGGCGAAUAAACGCAGGUAAUAUCGGUGCAGCUUCAUUACAACCUCUUAUUCGAUCUUGUCUCGUUUUUUUAAUGCGAGUGACCUCAUGUCGUCAUUGAUUUCCUUCUAAAGACGUGGGUUCCAUCGUAUAAGCUCCAUUCAGGGUUGCCAGAUUGAAAUCUAUAAAAAUCCCGCAUCAAGACAUAAAAAAUCCCAGAAUGCAAUAGAUUUUCUCAAAAAAUCCCGAGAUUUUUUUUGUGAUGUUCUGAUGACGUCAUUUACCACAGGGACAAAAUUUUGACCUCUGUGCAACGACUUUUCAACUUCUCUAUCUUGUGCAACAUUGUAAUUGUACGGACCAAAGCAUUGACAAAGGAGUUAAAAUUUUUCUUGACAUUUUUAUUUCAGUUGCGUGACAAGAAACAAAAGGAGACCAUUUUAGACGAAAAUAGCUGUCAAUCCUAAGUAAACUGAUGACACUGAAGAUAAAAGAUAAAAUUUAUUAAAUAACAUAACAAUGUAACUGAAUAAAGUUCGAUAUUUUUAGGGUAUUUUAGCAGUUUCUAUUCGAGAAGUCCAUCACCAAGAACAAAGUCAUCGUCUGCAUUGACUCUAUAAAUUCUUUCUGUGAUGAAUUUCCUUUUCAUAGCAUGGGUGACUUUGAAAUUAUAGCAAUCUUCACCUCUCCAUUGAAGACUGCUAUCCACACGGACUAAUGUGUCUGUAGUGGGGCUUGCCACUAGCAAAGUGUGGAUGAAAUGUGCCGCUCUUAUUCUCGUAUGAAUGCUUUGUUACUAACAAAUCUAUUCUGAAAAACUUUUCUAAUCCAUUCUCUAAAAAUCCCGAGAAUUUUCCCGAGAUUUUUUCACCGAAAAAAAUUCCCGAGAAAAAUCCCAACAGCUCUGAAUAUUCCCGAGAUCUCGGGAUAAAAUCCCGAACCUGGCAACCCUGGCUCCAUUCACUAAAGGCACAAGCGAAGAGACAAGUAAUUUUGCACAAACGUUUCAUUCAUGCGAUUCAAAGCCUCAUAAAAAUUAUCUCUAAAAACAGACACUGCCCUUGAUGCCCUUGAUGGACAACGCCCUAGAUCAGACACUCCCUUAGGAGGGAUACUGCCCUACGAAAAUUCCCCUGCUGCCAAAGACAGCAACUUUGGUCAAUCUUUUCUUCGUAAUAUAAUUGUUGUUUAUAUUCUGUCUUUGUGAAUACUGGCUUGUACUCCUCAUGCAAAUCUCAACGUAUAUCAGAUGGCACCCACUCCAUUCUAUGUUGAAGUAGCACAAAAUGUUGCAGCAAAAAGUUGAAGUUCAUUUUUCUUUUUGUAUGCAACCAGCAUUCAAUUAAUGCAAUAUCUUUCAAUCGCUUUGCCUUUCUUCUCAGCUUAUG